GAAUUAAAAGAGGGAAGAAAGUCGAUGCAAGAUGCUCUCGUCUUAGGUUUGGUUUGUGAUUCCCCGUUCGGAUUCGACGGAAGGGUGGGGAUCUUCGCCCUCGGGGUAUCGGAAUACCGGCCGCAUGCCUCACGCUCUUCUCGUCUUAUGUUCCUCUCGAGCAUGAUCGUAGCUUACCUCCUUUGACGUUUUCCAUUUUUUUCUCCCUUUGCGGUUUUCUUUUGCCUCUUAGAUCGCAGGUUUGGUGGUGGAAGUGGGAGAUUUGGCGUCGGAUUUGACAUGUCUUGGUUUCCCUUGUUAAAGAUCCGACCCUUUCUUGGAGAGCCUGCUGCAUCUAACUUGAGUCUUGAGGUACCCGAGGGUUUCUCUUGUUUUGGGGGUCUAAAUCAGUGAGUUUAUAUCUGCACGCCGAAGUCCUCUGUAAAUACCAAGUGUUCUUUAUUUAUUUCGGCAUUGUGAAAGAAAAGAGAGAUUCUAAUAUUAUUUUUUAAGUUGGGCAAGGAAAUCAAGCUAGUCACAUAAAUGGGCAAGCAGGUCAAUGAGAAGAUAGUUAAUUCUGGAUGCAGUAGUUUCCAGAAAUUUUCUUCUAAACGAGAUGAAGAACGUUCUUCUGUUGAUGAUCUUGUUAAUGGAGAUUGCUUGAUGAAUCCUGGGGAGUAUGUCAGUAACCAUGGAUCAAUUCUCAGCUUGCAGCCAUGGAUUUUCAGAAAAGGAAGCUACCUAAAGGACAAGGAAAUGACGAAGGCUAAUGGUGAUCAUUUUGAGAUAAUAGGGUCUGAAAUGGAUGUUUUCAGUAAUAACUCACUUGCAGAGAGCUCGCCAAGGAAUGUCAAUCUGAGUUAUAAAAGUGGUAGAGGUCAAAGCUCGCUAAGAAACAGGUCUUCUCGCUGCAAGUCAAAUAAACCUCUUUCUUCCUUGGAAGACUGCCUCAUUCCUCACCUUUACAAUGAAAAUUUUGAGUUUAAAGAGUUUGAUUUCAGUUCUUCUUCCACUUUAUCAAGCAUGAGGCCACUUGUUGUUACUGAUGGAAACAAGAUAAUCAGAAAAAAUAGUUAUGAGCCUGUAGACGUGAAUUUUUAUAGUGGUAUAGACAACACAAAUAUGGAGAAUAUAUCUGGGGUUUCUCCUCUUCCUGGAUUGAGGACACCAAAAAGAAAGAGUAGAGACAUACUGCCUGAUAAAUUAGGUCCUUCCAACACCAGGAGACCACGGAGGCUUAUUCAUCGCAAAGACUCGGUUGAUGUGUUACAUGUCUUCUCUGUUGGAGUUAGCUUUGGAAUAAUAUCGGCUAUACUAUCAAAUGAAAAAGAAAUAGAUAAUUUAAAAGACAAGCUGAAGAGUUCAGAAAACUUAGUUCAGGAUUUGCAAGAGGAAUUGGAGAUGAAGGAUACUGUAAUUGUAAAAGAAUUGGCUCAUGAAGCUUGUGGGCAUGAGAAACCAAGUGAUGUCAAUUCUGAGUUAGAAUUAGCCGUGAAGGGUGAGAAUAACCAGAUACACUCGCCUGCAGAAGCAUCAAGGAGUGAAAUAGAAGCGGAGCUUGAGAUUGAGCUGGAGAAAUUAGAAAUAAGCAUGAAUUCUGGAAAAGUGCCAGAGCUUGAUGAGCUUCAUCCAGACCUACUAGCAGAUGGAGAACUAAAAGCAGAGAAACUCCCUGGUAGGGUCUUUGAGGACCAGUCUACUAGUGCAAACGACAGCAGAAGCUCCUCACCGAACCUGAUACGCGAUGCAAACUAUUCAGUUUCACCUUGCGAGCUGAGCUUACGUCUGCAUGAAGUAAUUCAACUCAGGCUGCAAGAACGGAUUAAAGAACUAGAGACUGCACUUCAUCAAACACAGAAACAGCUCCAGUUGCUAGAAUCAGAUCACCUUCUCACUCACAGAGCCUUCUCCAGCAGCGACAUGGGAUCUUCCUCGAAUCUGGAUAGCCCAACUGGCACUGCAGGAAACUUUGCCUUGGUCCGGCCAUUUUGCUUGAACCUCACCGGGGAAGCCUUGGAUGCAUACGAUGAAGUUUAUGAAGAGUUUGUGCAGGCGACGAACAUGGAGCAGAACCAGCCAACCACAACUUACUCAAGAGAUCAACGCUCGCAUUACUUGCAUUCAUCCGACAAGAAUUUGAUAGGGCAAAUGGAUGAACCAAAAUUUAGCGGGAGAGAAUCGAUGGGGGAUCAGAAGUUGAAGAACAAGGGAUCAUUCUACCGAGAUGAGAUUGAUGAUGAGUAUGAUAACGACGGCGACAAUGAAGACGAGGAUGAAAUGAAGAAUUUAAUUGAACAGAUUUUAGAGAAAACUAGGCAGGGAUCACCUGCUGUGCAACAUGUUCAAAGAAUUCUAUUUUCCAUGGAUGAUUAACCUAAAGCUCUUUGGAUCCGGAGGAGACCCAAAAGAGGUCUCUGCGCCUCCUUUCGGCUCCAGCGAUGGCAGAUGGAAACCCUAAUUCGAACCCCGGCGUCCUCGAAAGCUUGGGCGAGGAGAUCGUCCGCAUCGUCGCU